AUGAAUGACGAAGAAAAUAGCACCAUCUCUGACACAGUCCAAAAGGAAGGGAUGUAUGAGCUUCCAGACCAGCCAGGAGAGGAUGAAGGUCCUCUCUGUGAUAACAUCCACGAAGGCCUGACAGAAAACAAUGUAUAUGCCGCUGAGCUGGAAACCCAUGAAUAUGACUCUGUGUCAGUUUGUGUGGCUGGGGGUGAGGAGGACAGCUUGACCUCUUCCCAACCAGAAGCAGCAGACUAUCUCUUGUCUGAUGAGGUAUGUCUUGAGUCCCAGGAUCUUCAACCAGGUGAGUUACAGGAAGACCAGGACAUCUCCAUGGAAGAGUUACACUCACCAACCCAGGACAAGGAGCCUGGCCCGGAGGAACCCCAAGACCAGGAGCCUGGCUCAGAGGAACCCCAGAAGGAUGGAGUCAUGAUGGGGGAAGACCCGCUUUCCCCCCCAAACUUCACCAUUCAACAGAGCAGGGCCUUCUUCACCAGCAAUUCUGCUGCUGAUGGUUUGGAAGAAAAUGAACCAACUUCCACGGACCCUGAGAUCAGCCUGUUUGUGAAGACUGAUAUUGUGGUAAAGACUAUUUAUUACAAUGUUAUCAAAACAUGA